AUGUCCCGCCACCGGCACGUAUCACACUGGGACACGGACUCAAAUGCCGACAAGGAUGAGAGCGACGUGCAUCUGUCCGCUAGUGACCUGGUGAAGACGCUGCAGCCUAUAUCGCGUCGAAAUCGAGGCCACUCCACGAUGAAUCGAGAACCACCAGCGUCAUGCCGCUUUCUUCCACCCGUGGAGACGCAAUCAUCGGUCGGAUUUCACGACUGGCAUCUUGACGAGGAUUCACGAGCUGCGUCGGCUAUGGAAAUGCGCAAUAGAAUAGCGAAAGGAGACGAUGUUCCCGACGGGGAAAACUACGACAUUAAAAGGACCAGAGAUUGUCAAAUGGGCUACGAUGUCGAUCCAAGGCAUCACCAAUUUCAAAUGCAACGCUAUCAGCAACAUCAGCACGUUAUGCAGCGCGAUUUUCAUAUGCAUCCAUUGAAACGGGUGUCGAAUCAUCAAGAACACAUGUAUGUCCGAGAUCUCAGAGGACAAGAACCAUUAGACGACUUGCGAUUUGACUCGACGCAUCGUAUUCCACGCAGAAGUCAUCCUUUUCAAAGAACCAUUUCUCCUGUGUCAUUUGACAUGCCCUCUGAUAGAGGUGUACGUCAGACUUCAGCGAGAAGUAUACAGAAUCGACGUUUUCAUGGCCCUGGAAUGGGUUCGGAAUUAGACGAAAUGUCACUGGAGCCAGCCAUGUUCGAAAUGUGCACGGAAGAACUGAACACUUUACCAGAUACACAAAUGUCACGACUUCGCGAGUACGCUCAAUCACAGCUGCCAGUACGAGAUCGGAUUUAUCAGCAGAAACUGAGAAGACCACACACUUCACUGCAAGUAGAUGAGGAAGUGACUAUGGCGAGCAAACGGGCACUAAACGAUGUGGGCUUACAGCGGGAUGGACAAGUAGUCUACGGAAAGGUUGCUCCAAACCCUUCUAUCUUGCAUAACAAUUAUGGGCUUCUAGGUGAGGAUAAUUUGGAGAUUAGCAGUCAGUUGAGCGGGCAGAAUUUCGAUCAGUUGACUCGUUUCCAAAUAUCUAAACGACAGCGAUUGGAUCAAUCACCAAAAUUUGGUGCCUCAACACCAGGUAGUACAAAUCAACCCGCAAAUGCAGCCUAUAUGCCCUGCGAUGACAAGGAAGAUGAUACGCAUUUGAAGCGCCGGUGUGGGCGCAAGAGCAUGAAUUAUUCUUCUGAACAAAAGCGUGAACGCAAUCGUGCCGCUGUCAAGAAGUGUCGACAGCGUCAGGCACUGAAACUGGAAUAUCUGCAGCGGAAAGCCGAAUCGCUUGCUGCGGAAAACCAGACGUUGUCACAAAUGCUUGUAAGAAAAACCGAAUUGGGUGACGAACAACGCACGUCAUUGACGCGUGGUAUUCAGAUUGACAUAUUGCUGAAAAUUAAAGAGAUUUUUACGCAAAGUUUGCCAAAAGACUUUGUUCUAGAUGCCGAUUCGAUCUGGGAUCUAAAUUCAGUACUGGCUGUGUCGAUGCCGUCUCGUUGCUAUUAUGGCAUCGAAAGCAUCAAAGACUUCUGGCGCACGUCAUUGCGAAUGCGCAACAAAGGCAAGAUUCGGUCGUUUUGGGGAUGGCUGUUCCGCUUGCCACCAGGUGAUCGAUUCUUGGAGUUUGACAUUCAGCCAUUUUCGCCGUCUUCGAAUCUUUAUUUGAUUUCGUGGACUACCAAGUCAACGCCACUGCUGACGGGAUCGAUGGUAAUCAUGUUUGGCAAUGGUCAUCGUGUGACGCUCCACGUUGAAUGCUUCGGGUGGUUGAUCUGGCGCUACCUGCUCACGAAUGAGCCGUUUCCAGAGGCGUCAACAGAAUGA